AUGUCCUCCUCCUCCUCCUCCUCAUCAUCAUCAUCAUCAUCAUCAUCAUCAUCAUCAUCAUCAUCAUCAUCAUCAUCAUCAUCAUCAUCAUCAUCAUCAUCAUCAUCAUCAUCAUCAUCAUCAUCAUCAUCAUCAUCAUCAUCAUCAUCAUCAUCAUCAUCAUCAUCAUCAUCAUCAUCAUCAUCAUCAUCAUCAUCAUCAUCAUCAUCAUCAUCGUCAUCAUUAUUAUUAUUAUUAUUAUAA